AUGAUUGAAGACAAUAAGGAUAACAGAGAACAUGCUCUAGAAAGGAGCAGAGCAACUCUUAUUUUUUCCUUAAAGAAUGAGGUUGGAGGACUUCUAAAAGCACUGAAAAUCUUUCAGGAGAAGCAUGUGAACCUGUUACAUAUUGAGUCGCGAAAAUCAAAGAGAAGAAACUCGGAAUUUGAGAUUUUUGUUGAUUGUGAUAUCAACAGAGAACAACUGAAUGACAUUUUUCAUCUGUUGAAGUCUCAUACUAACGUUCUCUCCGUGAAUCCAUCAGAUGAUUUGACUAUGAAGACCAAUGGUCUGGAAACUGUCCCUUGGUUUCCAAAGAAGAUUUCUGACCUGGACAGUUGUGCCAACAGAGUUUUGAUGUAUGGAUCUGAACUGGAUGCGGACCAUCCUGGCUUCAAAGACAAUGUCUACCGUAAAAGACGGAAGUAUUUUGCAGACUUGGCUAUGAACUACAAACAUGGGGACCCGAUUCCCAAAAUUGAAUACACUGAAGAGGAGAUUAAGACUUGGGGAACUGUGUUCCAGGAGCUCAACAAACUCUACCCAACGCAUGCUUGCAGAGAAUACCUCAAAAACUUACCUUUGCUCUCUAAAUAUUGUGGAUAUCGGGAAGAUAAUAUUCCACAAUUGGAAGAUGUCUCGAACUUUUUAAAAGAGCACACGGGAUUCUCCAUCCGUCCUGUGGCUGGCUACCUAUCACCACGGGAUUUCCUGUCAGGUUUAGCCUUUCGAGUUUUUCACUGUACUCAGUACGUGAGACACAGUUCAGAUCCCCUCUAUACACCAGAGCCAGAUACCUGCCAUGAACUCUUGGGCCAUGUUCCACUAUUGGCUGAACCUAGUUUUGCCCAGUUCUCCCAAGAAAUUGGCCUGGCAUCCCUUGGUGCUUCAGAGGAGGCUGUUCAAAAACUGGCAACGUGCUACUUCUUCACUGUGGAGUUUGGUCUGUGCAAACAAGAUGGGCAGCUCAGAGUCUUUGGUGCUGGCUUGCUUUCUUCUGUCAGUGAACUCAAACAUGCACUUUCUGGACAUGCCAAGAUAAAGUCCUUUGAUCCCAAUAUUACCUGCAAACAGGAAUGUCUCAUCACAACUUUCCAGGACGUCUACUUUGUAUCAGAAAGCUUUGAAGAUGCAAAGGAGAAGAUGAGAGAGUUUACCAAAACAAUUAAGCGUCCGUUUGAAGUGAAGUACAAUCCAUACACACGGAGUAUUCAGAUCUUGAAAGAUAUCAAGAGCAUAACCAGCGCUAUGAAUGAGCUGCAACAUGAUUUUAAUAUUGUCAGUGACUCCCUUGCUAAGAUCAGCAGGCAGCCAAGUAUCUGA